AAAUUCUUCGGCUUUUCUGUCUGAUCUUGCGUGGUUUCGGAGGUUUCUUCGCUAUCUGUGUGCGCCGACUGCUUCGUGGAUGUAGCUUUGACUGCGCGAUACUUAUGGCGCGGUUUAGAAGAAAUCCAGAACAGUCAUCGGAAUCUAGAACAGUAUCUCCUUGCGACAGAAGAGAUGUUCCAAAAGAGGCACGAGAUCCAGAUAUUGGUGAACGGCGUGAUGAGGACUCAAAGAAGUCCUCCCUGUUUAUCCUCGACGCUGCAAAGAUACACUCCUUGCAGAAGAACCAGUACUGGCUGACAAGAAUUGUAUUUUUACGUUCCCUUGGGUUUGUUUAUGCUGUCGCAUUUCUUGUUGCCCUCAAUCAAAACAAAUAUUUGGUGGGCAAACAGGGACUUCUUCCAGCUCACCAUUACAUGGAAAGGAUUAAGGCCCUCUACAAGGGCUUGCAUAGUGAGACACUGCUGCGAGUUCCAACCAUAAUGUGGCUCUAUGAGUAUGUCGACGUUGACACUCUGCUGGACUGCAUAGCAUCUGUGGGCACUGUCCUGGCAUUAGGCAUCACAGUGACAGGAGCAGCAAAUGCAGUCUCUCUUUUUCUCCUGUGGAUUUUAUACCACUCCCUUGUAAAUGUUGGACAGCUAUGGUAAUAUUACACUUCUUUUUCCCAGCUGCUUGAAACUGGCUUCUUGGCUAUCUUCCUCUGCCCAAUCUGGACUUGGAAGCAGCUGCCACGUGGCACACCUCCUUCACCUGUCGUUGUAUGGGGCUAUCGCUGGCUCCUCUUCCGCAUCAUGCUGGGUGCUAUGGCGGUCCUGACGAAACAUGCAAAUGAUCAAACAAGGGUCAUCAUUGAGACUUCAGUCAUUGUCAAGGGCAGUUCUCUCAGGCUUGAUCAAGGUGCGAGGCGACAGAUGCUGGUGGGAGCUGACAUGCAUGAUGUACCAUUAUGAGACACAACCAGUGCCUAAUCCACUUAGUUACUACCUACACCAAACCCCUCCAUUCGUGCACAAGUUAGAAGUCCUCGGGAAUCACAUCAUUGAGCUGAUUGUGCCAUGGUUCAUGUUCCUGACAAGACCAUUCCGUAUAGCUUGUGGAAUAAUCCAGAUAUCAUUUCAGGUGAUCCUGAUUAUGAGUGGAAACCUGAGUUUUCUCAACUGGCUGACAAUCCUGCCAUCAAUCCCCUACUUUGAUGAUGCUAUGCUGAAAUGGAUGUUCAGCAAAAAGACUUCCAACCAAGUGGCAUUGCUGGCAAAGGAAGCAGGGGAAGGAAAAGUGAAGCAUAGUAAGGGAAGGAAGGCUACAAAUAUGGCCCUUGCACUGUGCCUUGGUUUUUUAAGCAUACCAGUUGUGGUCAAUCUUGUCUCGCCAAACCAGCAGAUGAACACAUCCUUUGAGCCCCUGCGUUUGGUCAACACCUAUGGAGCAUUUGGAAGUAUAACAAAAUCCAGAAAAGAGGUUAUAAUUCAAGGGACACACAGCCUCGAUCCACAUAACAAGAGUGCUGUCUGGGAAGAAUAUGAAUUCUUCUGCAAGCCUGGCAAUGUGUUCAGGCGACCCUGUGUCAUCAGCCCAUAUCACUACAGGCUAGACUGGCUGAUGUGGUUUGCUGGCUUUCAGGACUAUCAGAGCCACCCAUGGCUCUUCCACUUUGUUGCAAAACUGCUAGUCAAUGACAAAAAUGUUUCCAAAAUCAUCUUGAAGAACCCUUUUAUGAACAGAGAACCACCAAUGUACAUCAGGGCUGAGCACUAUCGCUAUCGAUACGCUCCCAUUGGCAGCUCCCAAGCAAAGGCUGGUCAGUGGUGGAUACGCUCCCGUGUUGGCUCCUACAUGUACCCAGUUUCACUUUCCAGUUUGAAGCCACUUUUGAAGAACUUUGGAUGGGAAAUACCAUCUAUGUGAAGUGAACCCUGUACUGUUGAUGAACGAUGCCUUGUCUGUCUGGGUGUGUGUGAAUGAACAGUGAAAUUUCUCCCCCACAUCCCUUUCUUUUUGUAGCUCGCAUGUUGAAUUGGUAACAGUAAAAAGUUGUUUCCUGCCCUUCAUGCUGCCAUUUCUGCUCCAUGCAUUGCAUUUACUUGUAUCCGUCUUGUGAUAAGCAUCUUCAGGUAAAAGGUUGGUGGAGCAGUAAUUGUGAAGGACCACUGACAUAGAGCUUCAGUACCACCAUUAAUGGUGGAAGCUUCUUCCCUCACUUUGCCUUUUGCAAUAAUCUGUCUGUAUAGCUUGCAUUUCUGUAAAUUAUCACUGUGGUUACUUUGUUGCUAUAGCUACAUUGACGUUCUGAAAGCAACCAGGAGAGACAGCUUCUGUUAACAGUAGUACCAAGAUUCUGCCCCAGUGCACCCUCUGUAAUAUAUUUUAGUCCAAAUUUUUGCACUGUGGGAUAAAUUCUUGGGCUGCUACUGCGUGCAUAAGCACCUGACAGCACUGAGGCACUCCUACAGUCGUACAGCCCUUCAUGUGUGGAGAGCAGCUCAAAAAACUAUGUGGCAUUAGUAUGACACAUUUGGGAAUAGCCUUCUGGCCGUUCUACAAACUAUGGGUGUUUUUUUUAAUUGGUAACGGAAUUCUCUUAAAAAAUCACUUGUGGCAUGUAGCGUUCCGCUUCUUCAGCUGGAUUACUUUCAGAUUCAAAGAUCAUUUGCAAAAAAAAAAAAAAGAUAUCUGUAUGAAUUCAUAAAUUAACAACUAAAUAACAAUCUUGAAAAUUAACUUUUAACUACUUAUUUUCAGGGACGUGUUUUAACUUACAUAGCUGGUGACUAAAAGUCCUGACCAGAUGCUUAGAUGACACAGAUUUCGGGAUAUUCAUUCCCAUAGCUUGCAAAGAGAUGCAUUGUGUUCCGGUAAUUUUUUAGCUUCGAUGCAAAAAGGGCCGUUGGAUUAAAAAAAAAAAAAGCAAGUGAUAGAACAGUGCAUUUUAAUGCAAGUUUUACAGCAGUUAUCUCAAGACUGCUGCUAGAUUCAAAAUUUGUUCCAAGAACAUGUGGCGUGUAAAGUUACUGGCUUGAAUUUGUAUAAUUCAAAUCUAUACUUAUGUAAUUAACUAAAAAUUUGAUCAGUAAAAUGUUAAUUAGGUACAGUUGAACCCCGCAUUAAAAAAAUCGGCGGAGAAACCGGAAAAUUUUGCUAUCGCAAAAUAAUACAGCACACGAUCAGCAAAACGAAAACUAUCAGUAAAACGAAAAUUUAAUGCCAGAAUUCAGCUAGCUUGCCUUGAUGACCAUUUCCAUGUACAGCAUAGACCGCUUAUAACGUAAGUCGCCGGAGUCGCGAAUGUCCGCACUAUAAGCGGUACCGCACUAUAACCAAAACAACAUUUUUGAAAGGUUGCACGUGCGCAAAACAUGACCAACGGGUAGGCGCGCGAUUCUGACUAUCGAGGCAUGCGACUGGGAUGUAAGUUUGCGUCUGCUUACAUUUAGAAAUGUUGAGUUAGCGUCCGCGGACCUGCGGUGCCGACAUAACGAAAGCGGAAAAAAUGCGCCGUCACGGGAAGUCACCGCGGUAGCACACUGCGCGUGCGCCAUGUCGAAAACGGUGGAGACCACGAACCACCACUCGAGUGUUUCACACGCCCGCGUUUUCGUUAAAGAUGUAAGUCACCCCUUCUAAAUGCAACAACUGCAAAAUGUUUCACUGACUCGGCACCAAACCGCAACUUCUGUAGUCCGCGGCCGCCGACAUGGAAGCUAGAGCACGUCGUUAGGCCUAGCGUGCGCGUUGCAGCUUGGCACGCCGCCGCGAGAAGCUUGCCCUAGGCAACACGGAGAUCGGGCGUAGAAGAGAUCGCACUCGCGAGCUAAACCGAGGGCACCACGCGUGAAACGCAGUUUCGGUUCGCGGUCGGGAGAACAGCCGCGGCAACUAUCCUGAAAAAGUCUCUCAAGCUUGUAAGUCCGCCUGUUGGUGGCAAAGGCGAAAGCUCAAUCGCGUCUCAAAGCAUUGUUACUUGCGGGGGAAUCGAGGUUGCACGCGCGAUAUCUGCGCUCUACGACGAAGCAACUAUUUUCCCGACGGAGACAAAUAGCGGUAACGCGCUCUUGAUGCGGACGCGGGCGCCCGUACGCAGCGGAGCGCGCAUGUCAUGCGGACUGGGCAAAGCGCGCAUGUCAAGGGGGCAAAGGCUUCUCCGUCGGCUAGGGUGCCUUGAUGCGCGUUUUGUUGCGCGUUUUGUCCCACCGUCGGCCACGCAACCGCUCCCCCUCCUCACACCAUGCACCCGCGCCUGGCUGCUGUCCCCCACCGCCAUCCCCCCCCUUUUUUUUACCCCCGCUCCUUGUUCGUUCCGCGUCCGCUCCUCCUUCGUAACGCCGUCACUGCUCUCUCCCCCGCCGGCGCAUCUCCGCUGAGAAGCACGCUCGCUCCCUCGCAUCUCUGAGAACGUUCCGGCAGCCGCAUUAUAACCGGUCUUUCAUCUCGGGGGACUGCACAAUAAGCGGUAUUCGUAUACAUGGAGUUAUAUGGGAGGGUAAACGGGAGUCAGAAAAAAACGCAUUAUAGCCGGUACUGCACUGUAAGGGGUUACGUUAUAAGUGGUCUGAGCAGCAAGUUGUAUUAUGCGACAUCAUUGUGCAUUCCAAAGAACGCCCACAUCGUUUUGAAAGCGUCCAGCACACGCGCUGACAUAGCCAUGGCAAUCACUCCUCUGUCACUGUCACUGUGUGGAUGCGACAGAACAUAGCUAAAAAGGGUCCCUGACCCAUUCUUCGAACAGCAAGAGAAGCAUGAUGUGCACCAGCCUGAGUACGGCAAACAGCAAGCCACCAGGCCGCUCAUAAAAGGUGAUGUGGCUACAAUCUAAUAUAGCUAUGCAUAAAAGAAAUCAGUCAAAGCAAGCGACAUGGUGGCAAUGACAUCAUCUGGUGCGUGCAACAUCUUCCAGCACCGUGCCUGUUGUGUGAACAAAUAUGGUGGCACCCACGCAAGCGCAGUGUGGUGGUACUUAACACAGUUUAAGUGUGAAACAAAUGCAUUUGAGAACAUUUUGGAGUAUUACAACCUUGCGCGAGCAGUAAAUGUGUGGGGAAACGUCUUGUUAAUCUUCGUUGUUGCAUGAUUGCAGUUUAGCAACAUUUCAUUGUUAAAAAAUACGAAAUGCAUUGAGUACUAUGGGCACUCACUGGAGACAUGAAAUUAUUUGAGAAUUUGAAAUUAAUUGAAAAUUCUUAGAAUUUCGCUAUUUUGUUAUUGCGGGUUUCAGCUGUAUUUUCAUUUCCAGUGCAAGUAAUGUCUGUCACUUCGAGUAAUCAAUCAUGCUCAUUGAGUGGACUUUUGCUAUAUUCCAUAAAUGGUUUCGUUUUUAAUUUUGUUUGUAAAAAAAGACAGCCCUUAUAGGGGCUCUGUUCUGGGCUCUGUUACGUGCGAUGGUGAUGAUAAGUGGUGUUUUAUGGUGCAAGGGUCAAUAAUGGCCAGAGAGUGCCAAGAGAUAUGACAUGUAAGAAAUGGCGUGGAUAAUGACAAUGGAUAGGUGUAACGUGCCUGCACAGCAGCAUAAAAACAGUCACUGUAAAUAAUCUAAAAUACUCAAGUACCAAAAUUAUGACAAUUGUUAGUGAAAUGUAUGUACAGCGAGCGUGUAGACAUGGUAUGACUGGAUGAUGUUCUAAAAUGUAUUGAUGCAAGUAGCACUGCUAUAUCGCCAGGACCCUCGGAUGCAAAAGAUUAGAGGAAUGUGCUGUACAAUAUACUGCCAACACAGCUGCUUCCCAAGAGGGGUUGUGCUAUGACGUACUAGGGCUGAUGAUGUGUAGUACGUCGAUUUCAGUGAGAAAAGCUAAAGCUACCCUUGUGUGUCAAAUAAUAGUUCUUGUCCAACAAACGUUACGGAGUUAAAGGGCUGUUAUAGCGGUAAGCUUGUUGGAAGUGUUUCUUCCUUUUAUACUUCCUAAUACAACCGCUGUCGUGUGUGUGACACAUGAACUAAGGUACAAUUUACAUAACAGAGAAAUCUGUAAAAGUGCAUACAGCCUCCUUACUACUUACUGUCUUCUUUCCUAUCCUCACUCAUUGUCCUUUACUCACUUUUCCGCAUCUAUUAGUUGCGGCUCAGAUGUCAGCCAUAAUGCUGGACAAUGCAGUCAACAGGAAUUUCCUUUCUUUGUCUUUUUCUGUAUAAAUGUAAUAAGCAACCCAUCACACAUCAAGCUGCCUUGAACUAAUGUAUAUAUGUGGUCAAUGCUCAUUGUGGUUCGCUGUAAUAUAGCUGCAUUAGUCACAAGAUGGGUAAAUGCAUUUGUUUGAGUCGUUUUCAGGUUCCAUUAUCCAAAAGCUAUCUGUUGUUGGUACAUAUGUUGGAUCACAUUUACUAUGGCACUAUUGCAUACAAUAUAGAACACAGAACCCAGCUUUCUGGUAAUCGUUACAUAAUGUUAGAAUAAAUAAAUACGCUUACAAUAGAAUUAUUUAUCAUUCAUAAUAAUGCUUCCCAAUUCUUACAAAUGUUGAAAAAACUAAGCCUCUGCGUAAAUACUUAGGCAAAUACAUAGGUUUUGCAAGAGAGGUAGUGUAGCUCUGUAGUGAAAGCUGAAAAAACCUGCAACGGCUAUGGCUGUAAAGAUUAGCAAAAUGUGCAAUGUUGAACAAGUUGGUUUGAGUACGUACAACGUUCUUAGGGUAUUAAAAGAAAGUAUGUUUGUGUACAAUAUUGCUGAUUGGAAGUUGUUAUUCAGGCUGUGUCACCACUUCUAGUAAAAUACUUUGGCACCAAUGUAGAUUUUUUAAAUGCGAAGCAUUUUUUAGCGAACCAAAGGCACUUUGAGGGUUUCUAUCUACGUAUCUAUCUAUCUAUCUAGUCGCCUACGUCUGGGUGCUCUCGUGAUCGCCUCCUUAAUUUGGUGUAGACCAAUAUUCGUAUGGGAGGGUAAGAGGGCUUGAUGAAUAUGACUGUCUGGUCAUGACAUGAAUAAUGUGGAAAUCCUGUUGCGUGUUUCGUCAAACCCUUUCCUCCAGACACGUGCGGCACAUACCCGCAUGCCAUGGGCCGCGGUAUACAGGUAUGCGCCACAGGUGAUUGACAGUUUAUCUCGUAUCUAUGCAGGAACGGCGAAAACAUACAUUGGUAAUUUAAAUGCGAGAGCGUUAAGAAAACACGACAUCGGCAGUGUUGACCCCACAAAUGCAAAGAAUAAAAAUCAGGAUCCCAGCAGGAAUUGAACCCAAACAUUCCGCAUGGCAGUCAGGUAUUCUACCACCGAGCCACACCAGGUCUUGUAACUGCUUUGGAGAAAGACCCUAUGCAAGCGUAAUGUCGGUGCAACAUCAGUUGUGUUUGCAGUGCUAUCUAAUUUUAUAACAAAGCAAUAAACAUUACAUAUGUACUCCUAUAAUACAGGCAUCAUUUCGGGUUAACAUCAGUUGUGGUUCCAGUGUUGGCUCCGCUUUUAUAGCAGUCUAAUAAACAUUACAUUUGCAUUCCUAUGAUUUGGCAAGCUAUAUUCAAACGUUGCUCGACCCAGGAGGAACACGCUAAUAAAAGUUCUGUAUGAUAUUUACAUCAUCGCACCGUAAAGUGCACUUCAUUUCGAUAAUGUUGACGUACAGCUGUGGUCUAACGUUAGUGCUGCCAUUGCGUCAGACCAUAAGUUACCCUUUAAACGCCAGUGUAGUCGACACGCCUGCUAAGCCUACGAUGUGCACACAACUACUGCACUUAAAAACACGUCGAUCCACCUCGUAAAGCUUGGCUCAAAGCCAAAAAAUGCAGCACAGACGAUGACUCGGCAACUGCUUCACAUGAAACCGAUUCCCACACGGUGUGGGAUUUGCCGAAUUUUUCUUCUCUUGUCUGCUCUUUAGCAUUUAUGGAAUUUGUUGUGCAUUUAAACUGAGAACCAUUUAUACCUUUACAAACCUGCUUUUUCUUAUUGUAAGCAACAUGCAACUGAGGUGUGCUCUCUUUGCUGUUGUGGCCCAAUGUUUUCAUAGUAGCUUUAGCUUUAACUCUUUUCAAGUAUUUAUGUAUAAAAGAGCACUGUCUUGCCAGAAAUCUCUACUAAAUUAAAACAUUAAAGUAAUGAAAAGAUACAUUUCUGAAUACAAGUGGUGUAAUUGCUGUGCCAUCAAAGUGGUUACUGGAUCCUUCCUGCCAAUUUGACAUGUUAAGGAUAUAUGUAGCGCUGGCAGAACGCUGCAUUAUUGUGAGAACACAAUCUAAUUUAGGAUGUAAAACCACAUCAACGCUAGGUGUAACAGAUAAUGCUAUUGUGUGGGAAGCUGUGUUUCACAAGUGUGCAUCUGUCCAGACUACACUUAUUGCCGCAAUGAGAAACAGUUUACGAAAAUUGAUAUAGUAGUGCACUAGCUGCUCACUCUUAAUGUC